AUGAACAGUGAAGAAUUAAAGAACUUUUUACACUCUUUUAAAGAUGAUCUCUCCAAGAUGAUACGCUUCGAAAUGAAUAAAGCUUUAGGCAAGUACGUUGAAACUGCUCAAGACUUCGCCUGAGACGAAACUCCAAUCCAAAAUCUCCAUGACUUUUUCCAUACCCCAAGAAUUAGGCAUAUUUACGAUUCCUCCCUCGUCGUAAACUUUUCAGAUUACAUCAAAAGACUUAAGCUCUCCAAAGAGCUCGUUUACAAAAAGCUUAACGAAUCCAAUUACUAUCUACCUGAACUUAGCUUUUUUACCUCAAAUUUCCUCGAUGAUUUAAUUGCAGGCUCUAAAAAUUUGCUUCAAAAAUCUGAAGUCAAACUAAUAAAUUGCUCAGGAACAGAAAAAAGUACUUUCUCUUGUCUAGCAAAAUCCUAUGUAAGGAAAGACAAAAAUCUGCAAAGCUAUAUGCCAAACACACCAAAUAUGGACCCAGGCUACGUGAUAAAUGUAGUAAAUACAUUCUAUCCACUUGAAGAAGGGAAAAAAAUUAUUGAUUUUUCAAAUCAAAUUAAGGAAAAUUUGAAGAAAAUACAGACAAAUAUUCCUGCAGUGCCUGAUAUAUUGUUUGAUUGAAAGCCUGCUGAAUUUAAUAUGGACGGGGUGAAAAAUAGUGUGAAUGAAGCAAUGAAUCAGAUUUUAGUGCUGAAAGACAAAAUAAAGAAACAAAAGGAAGAGCAAAUAAUGGAAGAAAAAGCGAAUCAAAUGGUUGUAAAUCUUUUAGAAGUUGAUUAUAAUGAAGCACAGUUUGCACAGCUGAUGAAUUAA